GCAACCCCAAACACAAACCCAGAUCCAGAGAGAGGGAGAAAAAAAAUGGAUUCAAUCUUAAAUUACCUAAACACGACCGAAAUAACCGGAAUUCUUUGUCUAAUAAUCUUACUCUAUAUACUUCUCCGACCCUUCAAAAAUGGUGGUAACCUCAAAGAACCUCCCAUGGCAGCUGGUGCAUGGCCUAUACUGGGUCACCUUCCAUUGUUGCGGGGUUCACAGCCACUUCACAAAACUUUAGGCGCCAUGGCUGACAAAUACGGACCCCUUUUCACCAUCAAGAUCGGCGCCACAGAGACCAUAGUAGUCAGCAACUGGAAAAUCGCCAAAGAGUGCUUCACCACAAACGACAUGGCCGUUUCGUCUCGCCCCAAGACCAUUGCAAUGGAGAACCUUACCUACAACUUCGCCGCUUUUGGUUUAGGACCGUACGGUCCAUACUGGCGAGAGCUUCGCAAGAUCGUAACCUUAGAGCUUCUCUCGAAUCGCCGAAUAGAGCUUCUAGGCGAUGUUCGCGUCUCUGAAGUUCAAGCCUCUGUUAAUGAGCUCUAUAGUCUUUGGUCCAGAAAGAAAAACAAUGACGGUUACGUGUUAGUGGAGAUGAAAGAAUGGUUUUCACGACUGACCUUCAACACGGUUCUUAGAAUGAUUGCCGGAAAGAGAUACUUUGGUGGUGCUACCGCAGAUGCUGUGCCGGCGGCUGGCGGCGAGGAAAAGGCGAAAAAGUGUUUAAAAUUAAUCAAAGAUUUUAUGCAUCUUUUGGGAUUAUUUACUGUGGGAGAUGCUAUUCCUACGUUGAGGUGGAUGGAUUUUGGAGGCCAUGAGAGAGCCAUGAAAAAAACUGCUAAGGAAUUAGACAGUGUUUUGAGUGAAUGGUUGGAGGAGCAUAAAAUAAAUUUCGGGAAAAAAGCUUCCAGUGAACGAGAUUUCAUGGAUGUUAUGAUCUCUAUUCUCGGAGAAUCGAAGAUUCAUGGGUUUGAUGCUGAUACCAUAAUUAAAGCCACAACAAUGGUACGAGUUUAUUAUAGAGUAGUUGUGUACAAUUUUACUAGGAUAACAGAAUCAGAUCUAAACAAAUUAGUGUAUCUUCAAGCUAUAGUGAAGGAGACACUAAGAUUGUAUCCAGCAGGUACUCUUGGAGCACCUCGGGAAUUCAUAGAGAAUUGCACUUUAGGUGGAUUUCAUGUCAAAAAAGGAUCUCGAUUAAUUGCGAAUAUUUGGAAAAUUCAAAGUGAUCCAAGUAUUUGGUCAGAUCCCUUGGAAUUCAAGCCAGAGAGGUUUCUCACAACUCACAAAGACAUUGAUGUUAAGGGUCAGCAUUUCGAGCUUUUGCCAUUUGGAAGUGGUAGAAGGAUUUGUCCUGGAAUCUCAUUUGCCCUUCGAAUGAUUCACUUUGCUUUGGCUAGGUUCUUGCACUCGUUUGAAAUUUUACAACCUUCUGAUGAAUCAAUUGAUAUGACUGGUAUUCUUGGAUUAUCCUAUACCAAAACUACUCCAAUUGAGAUUCUGAUCAAGCCAUGUUUGGCUCUUGCUUGUUAUGAAAUCAUGUAAGCUUUAGUAGUAUUGUCAUCUUGUUAAAUUAUAUAUAUGUCCGUGUUCGUGUAGUACAAGUAUAUGAGGCUAUGAAGUGUAAUGCAGAAGAUUUGAUUUGGAAUUAAUGCCAGACAAAGAUAUGAUAUCUAGUAUUAAAUCUAUGGCUUAAAUUUGGAAAUUACACUUUGUGAUGUUGGAUAUUGAUCUAUUGAAAUAUCUUAGUGUGGUUUUGGAUUAAAUCUUUAUGCAAUAGGGUCGAAUUAAUCGAUUGAUUGUUGUUGUGGUUAGUAGCUAAUAUGUGUGUAGC